AUUGAAACCACUCUCACCCACCCUUUCCCUCAAUGCAAUAGUCAAGAAAUUAAAUCAUUAAAUUAGCCCCCUCUUGAUAUAUAAUUUGCCCCUCCAACUCCAACCAAACCCUAAAACUCAAAUUAAUUAUAUUUCCCACACAAAAAAAAAAUGUUGGGCAAGAAACUAGGUUCAAUGAAGAAACUAGCCAAGAAGGUCAACAUGCAGCCGCGACAACCGCGACCACACUACGAAUGCUUGCUCGGGGAUGGCGGCACCGCCACGACGACUACACCCACCGGAACUUUCCCUGUUUACGUUGGCGAACAUAGAGAGAGAUUUGUGGUCCCCACGAGCUAUCUCUCGCACCCUUUGUUCAAGAUUUUGUUGGAGAAGGCCUAUGACGAGUUCGGAUUCGAUCAAAGAAACGGCCUUGUUGUACCAUGCAGCGUCGUUGCAUUUCAAGAAGUGAUUUGUGCAGUGGAGUGCUGCAAUCGGAAAUUCGACUUCGGUAAAUUGGUAGAGGAGUUUCUUUAAACUUUUUUUAGGUAGCAGAUUAAAUAGAUCUAUCAUAGGAACACAAUAUUAGGACUUUUUAGGUGUACAAUUUCAAGCUACGACUUAAUUAGUGCAAAAUCAAUAUAUUUCUUUUUUUUUGG